UCUCCCCUCAUUCCUAAACAUGGAAUACUACUUCUGCUCCCUCAACUGCUGCUCCCACCAACAAGACCAGGUACUACAACAAAUGAACCCGCAAUACAGGCACCACGACCCCAGCCUCCCUUGCAGGGUGCGCUCGAGCCACCGUUCAUUGGGCUCGAGGCCGAAGCAGCCCAAAUGGACCCCCACUAAGUGCCGGACUAAGUUAUCGGUGGACCCACAGAGCGUGGCGGCUCGGCAUAGGAGGCACAGGAUCAGCAAGAGAUUCAAGAUUUUGCAGGGCCUUGUUCCUGGUGGUAGCAAGAUGGACACGGCUUCGAUGCUUGAUGGGGCGAUACGAUACGUCAAGUAUUUGAAGGCUCAGAUAUGGUUGCACCAUUUCAUGGAGUCGGUUGGUUCAGUACUGGGUGAGGAGAUGGGCUCGAGCCUUGGUUCGGGGGUGGGUUUGAGUGGACUUGUGAGAGGAGCUGAUGUGUGAUUUGGGAUGGUUUCUUAUGAUCUCUCUCUUGUUCUCUGUUCUUCUCUCUGUCUGUAUCUAAUUAG